AUGAGACUUGAAGGGUUCGUAUUUACAAGGACGUCUGCAUCAGCUCCCCAUAUCUGUAAUGUCCGGUGCGAACAAGAAAUCGCCUGCCAAAGCUACAACUACAACAGAAAGGAAAAGAUCUGCGAAUUGAACAACCGCGCCAAAGAAGCCAGACCUGAAGGUCUUCGCUUAGAUCCUGCUUGGUUCUCUACCCAGCGUUUGAACGGAAGAGGUAUGCCCUCAAUUGAGAGAGAAAUUUUUCGUGGAACUAUCUUUAUUUUUUAUCAUUUUAUUGCACAUUUGGGCCAUAUUUCCUAUAAGCACCCACUACGGUUGUUAUCUAAAUAUAUUCUGAAAGAAAAUACAGGUCUUUUCGGUCUUCAUGAUCCUUCUUUCGUCCUUGGACUGUACUUUUAGUUUUGCAACUAAACUUGAUCGAAAGUUUCCAUCGAAGUGACCAUGUUUUCGUCUUAUAUUAAAUUAUAAAAUCGGUAACUAACAGUAUGAUUAUUUUAAUUCUUUGUAAACGAGUUUUAUCGUGUUUUUUUAGACGCAUUUGUGAUGUCCUAGUGAGCAGUGUUUGAGAAGUACUUUUCAAGUCAUCACAGUUUCACUGUUGAAUAAUACCUUGGCCAGGACACCUUAUUUAGGGACCAUUCAUGAUAUGACCAUCACUGAAGGAGAGAAGGGUUUUUAGGGGAGAUCACAUGGUUUUCAGAGUAAACGAAGGAGGGGAUCAGUCGUCACUAACAGAUGGUAAAAGGGGUACCAUAGAAAAUUAUGGGGGGGGGGAUGGGGGAGAUCACAAAAAUAUUAAAAUAUUAAAAAACCUCAGUGAGGAUCAGGUAAGUUUUAGGGUAACACAAUCAAAAUCCUCCAAAGGCGGCAAAUAAUUAUCGGUCUUCUACUUGCAUUCUGAUGCUCUGUUGCUUUUCUGAGUGAACGAACAUGAAACUAGGUAACAAAAAAAGCAAGGAGUAGGGUUGAAUUUUUGGAAAAAUUCCACUUAUUAUCUCAUUAUAUUUUAAAUGAUUUUGUCUUGUUCUGUUUAUUUCACGCAGCCUGUAGCUUUAACUUUGAAGAUGGAAUCGGCGGGUGA